CUGCAAGAAAUCAAGAAAGGAAUAACCCAUGACCCAGAUGGCGUUUUCAACUCCUGUAAUGAUUCCCUUCAUUUCUGCAGCUGGCUUGGCGUCCUCUGCGACCGCUGCGAAAGUGACGAGAGGGUCACCUCCCUAUUGUUGCCAGAGCUUAAUCUGGAAGGUACUCUGCCUCCACAUAUUGGCAACCUAAGCUUUAUGAAUUCCAUCAGCCACGCCAACAACCGUUUCCAUGGCCAAAUCCCGCCACAGCUAGGCAGCUUUGUCCGGCUCCAGCAGCUAAACCUCUCAGAAAACACAAUCGAUGGCGCAAUUCCUGUCAAUUUAAGCCAUUGCUCGAAGCUCAAGAUCCUGUCGUUGCAGAUAAACAGGCUUCAGGGAACAAUACAUGAGGAGCUUGGAAUGGAAAAAUAUAAAUGGGGAGGGAAGAAGCCAUCCGAAUGUUUGGAGUCUGAGAGCAGAUGGACCCAAAAGGGAGGAGGCGAGCUUGGGAUUGGAUGCAGACAAAGGAGGACAAGGGAGACCGGCUGGCUAGAGAGAGGGAGAGAAGAUGCCCACGACGAUUGCAGGAGGAAGAGAGUUGUCAUCGCCGAGCGAUUUGACGAUGGGCUCAAAAUUUCAGAGCUGUCGGCUGUCCCCGAUCUUAUCUGUAGCUCCCUCGUGUGGAACAUGUGCAUCAUUUAUUCUAGUACGUGGGCGUGGGAGAAACGGAGGACGUGCAGCUGUUCUACUACUUCGUCAAGUCGCAGGGGAAACCUGAAACGGACCCUCUUGUGCUUUGGCUCACCGGCGGCCCCGGCUGCUCUGCCUUGUCUGGCCUCUUCCAUGAAAUCGGUACAACAACACUUCUCCCAACAAUUCGAGUUAUUGGGACCAACUGGUUCUUGACAUUAACAAUCUUUUUGGAAAUCUGUUUCCUCGUCAGGUCCAAUCCAUUUCAAGCUGGAGGAGUACAAUGGGAAGCUGCCUUCGUUGAUCCUUAAUCCCGAUGCAUGGACACAGGUCGCGAGUAUCAUUUUCGUGGAUCUUCCUGUUUUGACGGGAUUCUCCUAUGCAAGAACAGAGGCUGCAGCUCUAUCCAGUGACAACUUACAAAUUGAUCAAGCUGUGGAAUUUCUGAGGAAGGUAAACAAGGACUCGAGGAGUUAAUUUAAUCUCUCCUAACUUUGUUCCAUAAUUCCCACCACUGGUGUUUGUAAGAAUCGAUGCAGUGGCUAAAGGAGCAUGAAGAGUUCAAAUCGAAUCCAGUUUACAUCGGUGGGGACUCCUACGCUGGCAUUCCUGUCCCAGGCAUAGCUCUUCGAAUCUCCGAUGAGAACGAACAAGGACUCGAACCAGCGAUCAAUCUCGAGGGUUAUUUGGUUGGUAACGGCCGUGCUAAUGCGACCAUCGAAGAUAAUUCCAGGAUCAAAUUUGCUCAUGGAAUGGCACUCAUUUCGGAUGAGCUUUACGAGUCGCUGAGAAGAAGUUGCGGUGGAGAAUACUACAACGUAGAUCCUGGCAACUCCGAGUGCCUCAAACAUGUUCGAGAUUUUAAAAAGUGCACAUCAGGACUCGAAUCAGCGCAAAUUUUGUUACCCAAGUGCACUUAUGCUUCACCAAAGCCGCCGAUGAUGGUACCAAGAAGAUCAAGGUCUCUUCAAGAGUUGUUGGAGUUGGAGGCAGCGUCACUUCCUAGACUUGGCUGCCCUACAUUUGCAUACCUGUUGUCCAAGUACUGGGCCAAUGAUGAAGGCGUGCAGACUGCUCUCCACGUUAGAAAGGGAACAAUAGGGACGUGGGAGAGAUGCAGUUCAAGGUUGCAUUAUACGACUGAUGUCGCUAGCAGUACCGAGUUCCAUCUGCAGCUGGCAAGAAAGGGUUAUCGCUCCCUAAUCUACAGUGGGGAUCAUGACAUGUUGGUACCUUAUGUCGGAACCCUGGAGUGGAUCCGAAGUCUGAAUUUCAGGAUAGUCGAGGAAUGGAGACAUUGGUUGCUUAACAACCAGGUUGCUGGAUACACAAGGACUUACUCUGAUCCAAGAUACUACAAUCUCAUGACGUUUGCAACUGUCAAGGGUGCAGGACACACGGCUCCUGAAUACAAGCCCCCCGAAUGUUAUGCAAUGUUCAAAAGAUGGAUUGCAGGCGAACCACUCUAAUUGAUCGAGUCUCGAUUCAUGGCUAAAAGCUACCCUAUUUCACUUUCCUUCUCAUUACAAGUACCCCAUUUCAACCAAUGAUUUGGUCAACUGGUUUGGGUUUGGUAUACAUGCUUACUUGUAAUAAACAAUGAACCAACCUUGAUUAGCAAGGAUGACAAUGAGGAAUAAUGCCAUUAUUCGCGAUUACGAAGGAUAUGAAAGAAUGCAGAGUUCCAAAGGAGAUUGAGUGGAU